UCAUCAAGAUGGAAAGCUCAGAUUCUAGUGAUAAAAGGAAUAUAGAUCAAUCAGAAGCACAACGUCAGAGUCAGCUAGAUCGGUUAGAUCGAGAAGAAGCUUUCUAUCAGUUUGUGAACAACCUGAGUGAAGAGGACUACAGGCUUAUGAGAGAUAACAAUUUGCUAGGAACACCAGGUGAAAUUACUGAAGAAGAGUUGCUGAGAAGGCUACACCAAGUUAAAGAAGGUCCGCCACAGCAAAACAGUGAUGAGAAUAGAGGUGCAGAGUCCACAGAAGAUGUUUCAAAUGGAGAUUCUAUAAUAGACUGGCUUAAUUCAGUCCGACAGACUGGAAAUACAACACGAAGUGGGCAACGAGGAAACCAGUCUUGGAGAGCAGUGAGCCGGACUAACCCAAAUAGUGGUGAUUUCAGAUUCAGUUUGGAAAUAAAUGUCAACCGUAAUAAUGGGAACACAAAUCCAGAAACUGAGAACGAGCCAUCUGUAGAGCCUUCCGGUGGGGAGGAUUUGGAAAACAGCCAAAGUGACUCUGAAAUUCCAAGGUCUGAAUCACCAUCUGUAAGGCAGCCUGGAUCAGAAAGGAGGAGCACUUCAGAGGAGCUAACAACUGAGGAAGCUUCCCCUCCUAGAGGGCAGAGGAGAGCGAGAAGUAGGAGUCCAGAGCAGCGGAGAACACGGGCUAGGACUGAUAGAAGUAGGUCACCUAUUAAUCCAGUGAGUGAGACUCCUCGCAGGUCUCAUCACAGUACAUCAUCUCAAACACUUGACCACUCCUCAGUGAAUGAAGCUGAGGGAAGCUCUAGAACUAGGCAGCAUGUGACAUUGAGGCAACAUGCAGUGGGGACUGAGAUGCCAAGUGAAAAUGCAGUUCUGUUUUCCACCCCUGAAACGAGACCUGUUCCUCAAGCAGCAGGUUCUUCAGAAACUAACAGCACCAGUGAGUCCGCAACUCCUGGGCAGAGGCCUCCUACCAUAGUACUUGAUCUUCAGGUGAGAAGAGUUCGUCCGGGAGAAUAUCGGCAAAGAGACAGCAUAGCCAAUAGAACUCGGUCCAGGUCCCAGACACCUAACAACACGGUGACUUACGAAAGUGAACGGGGAGGGUUUAGGCGCACAUUUUCACGUUCAGAACGGGCUGGAGUGAGAACUUAUGUCAGUACUAUUAGGAUUCCUAUCCGUAGGAUCUUAAACACAGGCUUGAGUGAGACUACAUCAGUGGCUAUUCAGACUAUGCUAAGGCAGAUCAUGACAGGCUUCGGAGAGCUGAGUUACUUCAUGUAUAGUGAUAGUGAUGCAGAUCCUAGUGGCCCAACUUCAAAUCAGAACGUGGAUGCUUCUGAGCCGCAGAAUGGAGGCAGUGGCACUUCAAGCAAUGAAAGUACAGAUGUCAGCUCAGGGGAGGUGUAUGAAGGUGGUAAUGAAGGUGGUUCAACAUCUGGUGCCAGACGGGAAGGUCGGAAUACGAGAGGAUCGGUCACAUUUGAAGAAAGUGGUUCUCUGCCAUUCCUUAGCCUAGCGCAGUUUUUCCUACUAAAUGAAGAUGACGAUGACCAACCAAGAGGACUCACCAAAGAACAAAUUGACAACCUAGCCAUGAGGAAUUUUGGUGAAAGCGAUGCUCUGAAAACCUGUAGUGUGUGUAUUACAGAGUACACGGAAGGCAACAAGCUCCGUAAAUUGCCUUGUUCACAUGAGUAUCAUGUCCACUGCAUUGAUCGCUGGUUAUCAGAAAAUUCCACUUGUCCCAUUUGUCGCAGAGCAGUCUUAGCUUCUGGGAACAGAGAGAGUGUUGUCUAAAUGAGAUCUGGAUUUAUGGCCAAGCAGCUAGUGUGAUAGUGAUGGGCAAAGAAGUCACUUCCUUUAUGGCCACUUUUUGAGUGGUACCUCAAUGUAUAGUAAUGACUUGGAGUGAAUCUUCCCUCAUUAAAGCAUUUUUUCUGAAUUCAAGCUUUUAAAAUCUGAAAAUUUCUUUAAUUAGGGUUUUCAAGAUCUAGUCAGUUUGGGUGUUAAAUUUUGCUUGUCCAAAGACAUCUACCCCCUUAAAAAUAUUUUUUUCUUUGUGAAGUUCUUUUCCCCCACCCAGCCCUUGCCAUCCCAGUCCAAUAAACAUUUUGUCCUCAA